GACCUGCAUCGUGUUCGGACGCAGAUGAUACCCCGUGCACGGAAGCAACUUCAACACCACUUCUGCUUCCCUUUGUCGCGCUCCUGAUGACGAUCCCAGACCCUUUUGGGCGAGCGCCAAUAAUUUAGGCAGUUGUGCUUGCGACUAUGUGGUGGCCAGAGCUGUCAGUGCAAUGCGACGUCAGCAGACACGGGACUACUAUCGCAGAUGUCCCAUAUCGGUCCAAACAUUCAGGGUGGCAAGGUUGAAUCGUACCCGAGUAUCAGGUGCAUGCAAACCUGCAGCACGCCAUUGUCGACCGAUCAACAAAGCCAAGAACAGAGGACGAUAAUCGCGAUUGAUUUAUUGCUGCACAGAUGCACCACUAGAUGACAAAUUUAUAUCCGUCCGUCCGAUAGGGGAUGUGAACUGCUCAAGCUGUUCCCAAUACUUUCGGCAUUUUGAUACGGCUGGAAU